AUGAAGAGGGAGGAGGAAGGGAAGCUGGAAGUAGAGGCAGAAGCACUCAAGCAGAAGCAGAAGCAGAAAGUAGAAGAUGAAGCAGAAGAUGCAAAAGCAGACGAUGCAGAAGCAAAAGCACUCAAGCAGAAGCAGAAAGUAGAAGAUGAAGCAGAAGAUGCAGAAGAUGCAAAAGUAGAAAAAGCAGAAACAGAGAUCGAAGCAAGAAGCAGAAGCGGCGAGGAGCAGCGGCGAGGCGGCGAGGAGCAGCGGCUGGGUAGAUCGGCGGUGGCAGGAGCAUGCAUGAACGUGUUUUCUGAAACCAAAAAUCCCAGUGUUUCCAACAAGCAAUGUGCUGGGAAGGAUUUUGUUGUGCUUGUUUCAAGGCUUCUUGUUGUUGAACUCUUCCUUCGUUAUGAUUCCUUUGAGAUUCAAAUCUUCAAUCUUUUGAUCUAUUCGCACUCCACUAACCAGAGAAAAGCAGUAUUAUCGUUGAGGGACGCAAAAAGCGGCAAUGCGAACCAGUUGAAGGCUCUAUGCGGCAAGAAAGCUUUGGUGAAGCUUCUGCGAUGGCAUUUUGGUGAAGCUUCUGUGCUGUUCUCUCAGGUUGCAGCUUCAAAGAUAAGUAGAGAUCCACCUACUGAUAGCAAUGAAAAAUAUGCUCGCCCUGUUCUUGGAGGAUCUACUUUACCGUACUCUCGUAGAGGAAGAACAGGAAGGCCACCUACUAACAAAGAUCCUAAGAGUGAGAAACGGAGCGAUUUUGUUUACCUACCAAGGGACGAAGCAUUUGGUCACUUGAAGUCAUCGGAUUUUCUAACUUAUGGAUUAAAAUCUAUAGCCCAAGAUGUGAUGCCUGUUCUCACAGAUGCAUUUGAUGCAAAUAUCUUAACUCUUGAGUUUGGUGAUUUUGAUGAAGUGGAUAAACUCUAUACUGGUGGAAUUACACUACCUACAAACUUUCUCAGCAAGUUUUCCCCUUUGCCAGUACUCAAGGAAAUUCUACGAACAGAUGGUGAACAAUUCCUUAAAUAUCCACCACCCAAAGUCAUGCAAGUGAAUAAAUCUGCAUGGAUGACUGAUGAAGAAUUUUCUAGAGAAACACUUGCUGGUGUAAAUCCUAAUGUCAUUAAGAGUCUUGAGGAGUUUCCACCAGGUAGCAAGCUAGAUAGUAAAGUCUAUGGUGAUCAUACUAGUACAAUGAAAAAAGAACAUUUAGAGCCUAACUUAGGAGGGCUUACUGUAGAACAGGCUGUUGAGAAGAAGAAAUUGUUCAUUCUAGAUCACCAUGACUAUUUAAUUCCAUAUUUGAGAAGAAUAAAUUCAAGCAAGACAAAGGCCUAUGCUACAAGGACAAUUUUCUUCUUGAAAGAUGAUGGAACUUUAAAGCCACUAGCCAUUGAGUUAAGCAAGCCACAUCCUCAAGGAGAAGAGCAUGGUCCUGUGAGUGAUGUCUAUCUACCAGCAUAUGAAGGCGUUGAAGGUUAUAUUUGAGUGAUGUCUAUCUAGCUACAUGCUUCUGUUCUUCACUUGACUAUCGUUGCUAGGCACUCGCGGCACUAUGGUGGGACACGGGUGAACGAAGUUUCCAUCUGUUUGGGUUUUUGAUUUGUGUUUCGUCAACUGCUGCCAGAGCAUUCAAAUCGGUGCUUCAAUCUAUUUUUUGAUUUGAGGAGAACAAUGCUUUCUCUGUGUUGUUGGCUUAUGUAUUUUGCAACUUGUUCAUCAGGGUUCACUGAAUUAUAUUAGUUCCCAGGUGCAGCAACAACAUUUGGUUAUUCCUUCAAUGCAAAGCCAUGAAUAGAUGCUUCAAUGAAUCACAAAUUUUCACUUGAUGGAGUCACUUUUGUCCUUGCAGUGGCGCGGCUUUUCUCUAUUGAUUGGUACAGAAACUGAAUCAAUGGGAAGCAAGAAGUUAUGAUAGGAUACUCGGACUCAGGAAAAGAUGCCGGUCGUCUUUCUGCGGCUUGGGCGCUGUACAAGGCUCAAGAGGAGCUCAUAAAGGUUGCGAAGGAUGUCAGUGGAUAUGUAAACAUUGUAUAUAUAACCUAUUCUAUGAUGUCUGCUGGAUAUUUAGAUCAGCAUCAUAUGAUUGUGUCUCUAAUACUAUUGUUAUUUAUAUAAUAAGACUUUGAUCCCUUAUGAUGGCAUA